UCUCCGCGUAUCAAAUAUGGAAGAAAACACAACACGAACUAUUUCCUUAAGAAAAGUCUUAAAUUACAUCACCUCUCGAAUUAUCAGAACAUUCACCAUGACCAUGGCAAUAGAUGGAAAAUUAAGAAGCAAAAGAAUACUUUGGCCCCAAUGGAUAGCCGGGUUUGGAGUUUUGUUAUUAGGAACCGAGGUGGGAUUGAUGGGAGGUUGGUCCUCUCCGUACAUCAGCGAAUUAAUAUCCCCGAAUUCUUCGUUCACAAUUACGAUGUCAGAACUAUCUUGGGUCGUAUCGCUGUUCAAUCUCGGCAGAUUGACGGGCUGCAUCAAAGGUGCUCUGUGCAGCGGCUAUUUUGGCAGUGAAAAGACGAUUCUGAUCUCCAGUAUGCCUAUCACGUUGAGCUGGCUCUUCAUCAUCCUGGCUAACAGAGUGGAAUGGAUAUACAUCGCGAGAUUCCUUGGUGGCCUCAGCCUGGGAAUGGUUUACUCCUGCUAUUCCUUAUACCUGGGCGAAAUAGCGAACCCUGGUAUAAGAGGAGCGUUGGUCGCAAUGGGUACCACUGGAUUGCCAAUCGGGAACCUCCUAAUGAGCGUCAUGGGAGCGUACUUGCCGAUGUACACAUCGGCUUUGAUAGCUCUAAUUUCCUGCAUCGUGAUGAUAAUCAUUUUCGUCUGGUUGCCGGAAUCGCCUUACCACUUGAUAAAGAAAAAUUUAGACGAGAAAGCGAAACACUCGAUCCAAUGGUAUCACAGGGAUUGCGACGUGGAGCACGAGUUCAAGGAGAUGCGAAUAUUCGUCGAGAACCUCGAUAGACAAUCGUUGUCGGACACUUUGAAGGAACUCAAGAUUCUUCAUUAUCGAAAGUCAAUAUUCAUAGUCUCGAUUCUUAUCGUGUACAGUCAAUUGUCCGGGAUAAACAGCAUUCUAUUUUACAUGGAGUCGAUUUUAACCACGGCCAAAGUCAGUGUUAUAGAACCCGCGCAAGUGGUGAUAAUAGUGAUGGCAGGUGGUGUUGUUGCAUCGUGUUUAUCGAUAUUCCUGCUGGACGUAUUCGGAAGGAAAUUUCUCAUGAUCGCGUCCUGCAGCGCGAUCCUCCUGUCUUACAGUAUUCUGACACUUGAAUUUCAUUUGUUGGAUUUCGGUUUCGAUUCGGGAAAAGUGGAAGGAUUGGCGAUCAUUGGAAUGAUAUUAUUUUACGUAUCGGUGUUUAUGGGCAUCAUUCUCGUCCCAUCCACGAUGAUGGGUGAAAUUUUCCCUCCUCAUCUCAAGUGCAUCGCUGCAUGCAUCGUCAGUAUCUCGGGCUCUACGAUCGCUUUCCUCUCCACGCUUACUUAUUUAACACUGCUUCAUUUUAUGACCGAGAAAUACUUGUUCUUGUUCUAUGGUUUGCUCGUGGCCUCGUGCAUACCGUUCACCGUAUUCCUUGUGCCAGAGACGAAGGGACUGUCCUUGCAAGAGAUUCAGAAUAAGUUGACGGGUAAGGACAACAACAAAGCGUUACGUGCAUCCACGUGCGUCGAUAAGGAUAAAUUUUCUCAGGAACAAAAUUUCGGACCGUACGUGAUCUCGCGUGACGAUUAACUCGCGUAAUGGUUAUAUCGCAUCGCAUAUUUAUCGUGCAAUUAACAUAGAGGGGAACUUGUAUUUACCGCUUGUGAACUUGUAUUUACGCUGGUUUGUAAAUACCACUCAAAAAAGUGUAACGUUUUUUUUCUUAAAGUAAAUGAUAAUAUAGACUGUGAUAUUAAUAUCGAUGGAACUGGAGUUGGAAGUAACUGUUAUCUCGUAAGAGUGAAAUAUACUUCGUGUAGACGGAACUCGAUUUCUCGAGGAAUCGUCUCUCGAUCCAACAGAUAUUUUCGUUCCGAUGGAGGAACAUCGAGAAGAAUUUUCUAGUAAAUCUAGAAACGCGACGAUCGAAGAGGCAGGGAUAGAAUAGAUAGAUAAUAGAAGAAAAGGUCGCGAUGCCUCUUGUUCUUUUGCCUUUCCAUUCUUCCUUUAACCGAGAAACGAUGUAGCUAUUUCUCUUUGGGGCGGACAUACGACCGACGUAACGUCGACGAUGGAACUCGGCCAGUUUCAUAUUUUACAAGACGAUAUUUCAAGCCGCGCUGGCUACGCCAACAACGUUAAAGAUGCCGCGAUCCCAUGGUGCCGCUGUUGAAAAUUGGACGCGGACCUUAUCUCGCUCGGGUCAUUGCACGAUGACUUUCCUUGAUCACCUUAUAAAGCCGGGACAUCGAUACGAGUUUACGAUGCAAUUUUUCAUUUAUUAUUAACGCAUAUAAGCAUCAAAUUUCCACGAUAAAUAUCAAGAAACUGUGAGCAAGACGUUUCAUUUUCAAAUGUAAACAAUUGGAUCUAUAUAUAUAUAGAUAGAGAAAUAAAAAAAAUAGGAAUAGCAAAAAUGGGAAAGAAUCAAGUGAACGUUUAAAAAAAAAUAAUUUAUCGGGAUAACGAUACAGGUUAGGACGUGUAACGUUAUUCCAUGUUAUAUAUUUCCGUGACGACGAACCGAACGUCAACGCGGCGAAUUAAUUACUUAAAUGUCACUGUUAUUUCAUAAUAAAUGUUUCACGUAUCGUGCACACAUCCUCCCCUUCUCCAGCCUGUACGCGGCCGGUUAUCAUUUUAAAUUCAUUACCGUGCAACCCAAUUGCGUUCGGAGGAUUGCGUGAACCAAUAACUCUUUGCUCCAUCCACGCCAGGAUAAUGGUCACAUGGAUCCAAUGACAUCCACCAAUAUUGUUAACUUAUUACAUCUCCCGUGAUUCGAAUUUGCGAUAAAUCAAUAUCGAGAAGAGAAGAAUUCUUUUUGGAAUAAACAUAUAUAUAUAUAUAGGAAAUACUGUAAAUUUAUAUAUCCGCGUCCAAUACGAAGACAGGGAAGAUGCUUUCAACUAUUGCUAUUGUUUGACGACUUGAUGAAAUAUACAUAAAUAUUCAUUGUUUCCUUGGAUCGUGCGAUUUAUUUCUUCUUUUUGGUAUUCGAAACGUUACAGUUUAACGAUCGUAUGAAAAAUGAAAAAUGAAAACACGUACGUCACACGAUUAACAUUUGAGAAUGAAACAGUUUUCUGUGGAAUAUAUAAUUCUAUUCGGAAGAAUGGAUAUUGGAUGUUGAUGCAUUUAAGAGAAAAUAAGAUAUCGAUGGGAUUUGACGUUUCGGAAUAUCCUUUUAUUUGACAAUUGUAUCUCGAUGAUGUAUAAAGAUUAAGCUCGAUUCGAAUUCGAUGAACUUCGUUACGUGCUGAAACAAGCUGCAUAUUAAUAUCAUUUUCAUUGUUAGGGAACGUCUCGAGUAUGUAAUCGCUAAACCCAAACGUUAACUCGAUCAUUCUUCUAUGUGUAAAUCGUCUCUAUGUUCGUUUCGGAACUUCUAAUCGGUUUAAAACUAUCUGCAACUAGACCGAGUCAAUUAUCCUGUCAACUCGAGUCUGUCCUCGAUCUCUUUACCGAUAUAACGCGAAAUUUGAAAAUGUUUUAAUCGAUAUUUUUAAUCCUAUUUAUAUGGUAUACAUAUAUACUUUAUGAAAAUAUGAAGGUUUAUCAAAUUGAAAAAAAAGAACUUUAAUAUCAAGUUGUUGGAAACGAAACGAUUCUCAAUAUAAGAAUUUUUCGUAUUUAUUAGUUUUAUUAAAAAUGAUAAUUAAAAAUUUGACUCGAUAAAAUCAAUACAUAUCGCAUCCAAUGAAAAGCAAAGUUAAAAUUAUUAUAAUUAAUUGAUUAACUUGAUUGAUUGCCGUUAAUAAUUUGUUUAUUAAUUUGUUUUCAUCGUAUCAAUUGUAAUUUCUUAAAUCAGUUACAAAUUAUUUGAUGCGAUCUUUUCAAAAAUUCUAUUAAUGUUAUACCAGCAAUUUUUUUUAUGUUACAAUAAAUUUUAAAUCCGUGUAAAAAUUUAACGUGUUGAAAUAUACAAUUCGUCGCAAUGUAUAAUUUGUUUCAUUGUAACAAUAUUCAAAUUGUCAAUUCAUCCAACUUCAAAUUUUAAAAUAAACAACAACGAAACAAAUAAAAUUCAACAUCACUUUUCCCAUAAUUUUGUACCUAAAAUUGAUCAUAUCAUAUGCAACAGUCUAAUAAUUCUUUCUCUAUAUUCUACAUUGUAUAAUUUAACCUGUCGAUAGCACACACACACAUACACAAAAAUACGAUUACUUAUCUUGAAAAAUCAAACAAUCGAGAUCGAGAAUCGUUGCUCGAGUCUAGGAAAGUUCUCCUAGGAACACGAAGAUCGAGGCGCAAAGAAAAAUCAUGCAUACGAGCUGCAAUAAUGGAAUGCCUCCAACUUUCAGUCAAUAAAGAAGUUCCGAAAACAAUUUUGCAAUGCAAUAACCCUUCGCGCCGCGGCAAUCGACAAAGUUUCCCUCGAAGCCUUGCCUCUUUCACGUUCACGGACGAUCUUAAAAUUCAACGAACUUCCAAGAGGAUCGUUUUUCCACUUACAAACAGAGAUUUCCCCACCCUUGCUGUUUCUCUCCCCGAACCAUUCGGAGAAUGGUUGAGAUCGAUCGAUCGUAAAGAUCAAAAGAUGCUCAUCGAACGAUGCUAUACGUUUUAUUGCUACGUUAUUGUCUUUAGAGUCUCUCGUUGUGUCAAUGUGUUUCCUCGUUUUCGCGUGGGAUUUAUAUCCUUCGAGGGAAGAGGAUGCAAAAGAGGAUGCAGAGAUAAAAAGAAACAACGAUUUCAUCAUUCAAGAGAAAUCGAAUUUCGGUUCCAAGUAAUUUCAUACAUACUCGAGUUUUGCCAUUUCUUCCCCUGGUUCCAAAGACGAGCGUUAUAUAUCGCGGAGAUAAAGUUCGCGAAAUAAAAUUUGACAAUCAACGUCGUUUAACUGUAGAAACUAAAAUAAAUACUUUUUUAAUUAAUUUAUUUUAGAUUUCGAAAGGCACUAUGCGCUGUACGAGAUAUUUUACAUAUAUACAUUUCAAUGUUCUUUAAGUAAAUUAUAAUAUAUAUAUUUUACUUUUUCUAAAUUUUUGGAUAUUCUCUAAUGCAUAAACGUCUGCAGUUUGCUUUUACCACAAAGUGAAGUUACGUUUCACCGAAAAAACUUUUCGCGAGGGUUAAUGGUAAUUCCGCGAGAAAGAAGCAGCAAUCUUGCUCUCCUCGACGAACAAAAAUUCGUUAAGAUAUCUUUUUACCAAAAAAAAAAAAAAAAAAAGAAAGAAAAGAAAGAAAAAAGAAAAAGAAAAA